AAAUUAAAACCCUAUACAAGUCUCCAACGAAGAAACCCAGUUCGUCUGAAAUCAACUCGCCGGAAAACCAAAAGCUAGCCGGGAAAUCAGCCGGAGCUGUUCGUCUUCCACCUGAAACUUAAGAAAUGGGUAGCGCGAAGAAGAAGGCUCAGAUGUUUGUAAAACUUGUAUCUGCUGCUGGAACUGGAUUCUUCUAUGUUAAGAGGAAACCAAGACAGUUUACAGAGAAACUUGAGUUCCGAAAGUAUGAUCCCAGAGUUAAUCGUCAUGUUCUGUUUACAGAGGCUAAAAUGAAGUGAGAUAGGUCACCUUUCAUCGCUUCCUUCCGAUGUAAUGUAACAAUCCUGUACUGCUUUUAUUGUUUAUGGUUCUGUUAUAUUUUUUUUUGACUGAUUGUUGGUAUUAUUUAGUACUCUAUGUUGGUAUCAUGAACUCGUAUGUAUUUCACUGUCUGGUCUCUUAUUCUGCCAUUUUUACACUAUUUCCCAAAGCAUCACUCUUUCUCAAGGAAGCCCUUGGUGCCUUUGCCAUUGUCCUAAUAUAGAAAAUUAUACUAUUUUAAAGGGAAAAAAUGUAUAUAGUGUCACACAUGAUAUUUUCUAUAUUAAUACUUUAAUCUUUUCUAUUUUACCCAACCUGGAACUUCUUUCAUCAACAGCCCCCACCCCCCAAAUAAGGCAACAUUCAAGGAACAUGAAAAUACCAUUGCCUCAUGUAUUGCUGUUUAUUCUCUUGCACACAAUUUGUUUCCCCUUGAAAAUCAACAAAUUACAUGCACCUUUUCAUUUCUCACAUAUAAGACUAUUAUAUUCGUACCUUAUAUAUCUUAUAUAUGUGUGUAAAACCUCAUGUAUAAUAUCAUAUUAGCCAAAUUCAUUAUUCUGGUACUACUGAAUACUGAUAAAUAGUGCUAUUAUAUCCCCUCAUAUUCUUUCUGCAUAAAAAUGGCAACCACAGUAAAUAUUGUAUGCAAAAGAACUGUGGUGAGCACAAAGGCAAUUGAACCAGGAAAAUACUUACCUUUAUCGGUUUUAGAUCGUUUCAUGGAGAAAAACCAUAUUAGAAUGGUGUACUAUUACCAAACUUCAGGAGAAUUAGAGCUUGGAAAAUUGACCAAGAAAUUGAGAGAGACUUUGUCAGAAAUGCUUACUCAUUUCCCUAUAGUAACUGGAAGGUUGUUAAGAGAUGAUAUGGGACAUUGGAAGAUCAAGUGUAAUGAUGCUGGUGUUAGAACACUGGAAGCAAAAGCCAAAGGAAGUGUAGAAGAGUGGCUAAGAAAUGUGGAUAGGGAAAAGGAACUUGAACUUGUUUAUUGGGAAGAUAUGCUUGAAAAGCCUUACUAUUGGUCUACUUUUUAUGUCCAGCUGACUGAAUUUGAAGAAGGUGGAUUAGCAAUUGGCCUAAGCUGCACUCAUCUCUUGGCAGAUCCCAUUUGUGCAACAAGAUUCAUGAAGGCUUGGGCUGACAUUUCAUUAGGCAACAAAAUUACUUCACCUCCAAUAUUUCACCCUUUACCCCCUCAAAGAUCACAAAACAAAAAGCCCAAUAACAAUAGCAACCCUUAUAUGGGCUUAAUAUCUCACUAUAAAUCCAUAAUUGAAAAGCCCAUUUUUGUCAAGGAAGCAAAGUACACUACUAUUUCUAUGGGCUUUUCACACCACAUGGUCCAGGCUUGCAUGUCCAUGGCCCAAUUCAUUGGUUCAUCAAGCCCAAGCCCAACACCCUUUGAUGCACUAGCUGGGUUGUUUUGGGUAACUUUAAGCAAAAUCAAAGGGAUAAAAAAUGGAUUUGUUGACAUGUCCAUAUGUUUGGAUGUAAGAAAAAUCUUGGGCUUAGAUCAAGGAUUCUUUGGAAACUCAAUGCUAUAUAAUAAGGUGCAUUUAGAAGAAAAUCUCAAUUUAGAUUUAACUGAGAAUAAGUUUCCACAAGCUACUAGGGCCAUAAGGGAUGUUGUGGCUAAAAUUGACAAUGAUGAAAUAAUGGAUCUAAUUGAGUGGCUUGAAAAUAAUGAUGUAAAUUCAUCUAAAAUGAUGAAUGUUCAUGAUUUGAUUAUUACUAGCUUAGAGGAUGUUGACCCUUAUUUAGCUAUGUUUCAAGAUAUGUUCAAACCAAUUCGUUUCUCUUGUUACAUAGAGCCAGUUUUUGGAGAAGGACAUGUUUUGAUUCUUCCAAAUCCACUUGAUGAGGGUCCCUUAGGAAGGGUGGUAAUGGUGACACUUGAAGAAGAAGAUGCAAUUAAGCUUUGUGAAGAUGACUUUAUCUUACUAUUCUCUCCAACUAUCUUGAUGAAAUGUGUCAAAUAAAUAAUAAUUGUGUUUUGUGUAAGUGUGUGUCAAUUUCAAUAAUGGUGACAUUAGCUUGAAAUAAAGUUGUAUCCCCUACCUUAAUAUGAACAUGCACAUGCUAUCAUUAUCAACAGAA